AAUAUUCGAAGUAUUAACUUCAAAGAGAAGAUGGAGAUCAAACAUUUCGUCCUCAUCAUCUCCAUCUUCUAUAUCUUGCAAGGCUCUUCUUCUAGCAGACCUCAUACGCCCACUUCUAAUAAUAGCAACAAGCCCGCAGCUCCAAACGUAGGUUCGUCGAUUCCCGCUGCGCCGGAUGAGAGUACGACAACCCCCGAUUCACCAGAUGCCGGUGAAGAAUCACCCGACGCCGGUGAAGAAUCACCCGAAUCACCGUACGCCAGUAAUGAUAAUUCGCCACUCGAACCAGCAUCGGGCCCGUCUGCGCAAUUCUCCUUUGCUUCAAUGCCCGCUAGCAAUCCCCCUGGGCUGGACAAAAUCUGCCAAGCCACCAAGCUGCCCGUCGAUUGCACGAAAUUCAUCUCCCCAUUCGUAAACAGUAGUGUCAAGAUCGAGCCUCUCAGCAUCGCGAAGGUGGGGAUUCGAGUGUCGACCGACAUGUCGAAGCAAGCAAUCGACACGGCCACCAGGUUCAUGGAUGAUCCGAAAUCGUCGGCAAGCCUUAAAGAGGCCAUGUCCACAUGCCUGGAGAACUACCAAAGCAUUCCCGACGACAACGACCUUGCGCUCCAAGCUCUGGACAAACGCAACGCCAACGAGGCUGCAAUCAAGCUAAGCUCUAGCCUGGCCAGCGUGGAUACAUGUCUCGAUGGCAACCAUCAAAUGCACAUUACGUCGCCGAUGAGGGACAUGGAAGAAGAGCUUCAGAGACUACUUCACAUCACCCUAACCAUUGUUUCCGAUAUGGUAAAAUUUUAGUCGAACGAAACGCCCACUAAUGGUCUGAGGAAAAAUUAUCAAA